AUGAUAGCUACUACUACGGCGACCCAGACGGUCGUCCUUGAGCCCAGAGCUCGCGAGAAGCAUCUCGAGGUGACCAGGUUUCCUGAUGUCAACACUAUCCGCAAGGCAAUUCCUGCCUAUUGCUUCCAACCCACAGUACUGAAGUCUAUGUCAUACGUGGUGCGCGACUGCCUCCUGGCGGGCGGCCUCAUCUACACCGCCCUGACCUACAUACCUCAAUUGCCCAACCCUUACUACCGCGCUGCGGCAUGGGCGGCCUACACCUUUGCCCAGGGACUCGUCGGCACCGGCAUGUGGAUUCUUGCCCACGAAUGUGGCCACGGAGCGUUCUCAAAGCACCGCCGAUUCAAUGACUUCAUCGGCUGGGUGUUGCACUCUGCCCUUGGCGUUCCGUACUUCUCGUGGAAGUUCACUCACGCCAGGCACCACCUCUUCACCGGCCACAUGCACAAGGACAUGGCUUUCGUGCCUGCCACCAUCGUCGAGUACGACCGGAAGCGCAGCUGGGUCAGCAAAUUUGUUGAUCCAGACAUGUUCGAGGAUGCCCCCAUCAUCAUCCUCAUCCGCCUCCUUGGUCACCAGCUCUUCGCCUGGCCAUCGUACCUUCUCCUUGACUUGUCCGCCGGCCCCGAGAGUCUGCAGCGCCCCGAGGAUAAAAAGUGGUACCGAUUGAGCCAUUUCGACCCGGUCAGCCCCAUUUUCCGACCGCAAGAGGCCAUUUACGUCUUGAUCACCGACCUCGGCUUGGCCAUCGUUGGCUAUGUCCUGUACAUUGCGUCCCAGUCACUUGGCGCUGGUACAGUGUUCCUGCUGUGGGGAGUACCCUACUUCUGGGUUCAUCACUGGCUGAUCGCAAUUACUUACCUGCACCACAACCAUCCCGAUGUGAAGCACUAUGACGAGCACGGCUGGACUUAUGUCAAGGGCGCUCUUGCCACAAUUGACCGUGAUUUUGGCUGGAUCGACAGAUACUUGUUUCACGGCAUCAUCGGCACUCACGUUGUCCACCAUAUCUUUGCACGCAUUCCUUUCUACUACGCCGAAGAUGCCACUGAGGCUAUCAAGCCUGUACUUGGCGACCUCUACCACCGCGACGAGCGCUCUUUCUACGGCCAGCUGUGGUCCGUCUUCACCACUUGCAAGUACGUAGAGAAGGACCCGCAGGAGCCUGGCACUAUGAAGUGGCACACGGAGUGA